UUUGCCUUCCUCGCGGAUCCUAUCCCCUUCAGGGUGAACAUCUCCUCCGUAGUCCGCGGGUAGUCCUAUUGUGAAAUAGACGGGCGUGGGUCACGUUUCUCUUCCGCCGAACAGUGCACCGCGGUGGCUUUGACAUCGCCACCGGCACGCGAGGUGUUGUCGCCGAUGCCGUAGGUGGGAAUCAGUACGUCGACGUCUAUCGCGGCGUUCGGACCUCGACAAUGUGUCGCGGCGCGUUUCAACAUGCGCGCAAAAAGACGAGCGACUGAGCUCGACGUCGGGGCAAAACGUUCAUCCAAACGAAUCUCGAGGUAAUACCCCCGGGGGGAGUGGGGGGGGGGAGGGUUCGCUGAAGUGCUUGUCCCAAUUGAUCCACCCUUCUCGCAAUGGUGAUCAAUGCUGAUCCCGAGACGCUAAAAUGAUCCUCUCGCGUGCGCACCCUUCGUGUCGUCGGACGAUUUAAUCUCCAGUGAAAGGGAAAAAAAAACGCGCGUGCGGUGAAUUCGACGGUGAAAUUCGAUGUUUCAUUCUGACACGAAGCGGCAAUUAGCUCAGCUGAUAGAUAUCGGAGAAGAUACGUCGUCACGUACGACGUGGGGGAACGGGGAACUCUCUCGUUGUAGACGCGCGCGACGGGGAUUAUCGGUCCAUGAAGGCGUCAGAGAGAGAGAGAGAGAGAGAGAGAGAGAGAGAGAGAGAGAGAGAAGCAAGAAAGUUCAGGCAGAAAAGCAGAUAGCGCGUAAAUUCCUUUUAUCCGGAUAUCGCAUCGGCGAUACGUUCAUCGCGCGCGUGUUUCAUGUCGACGAGUACAAGAAGACUAGUACAAGAAGAUACGAAUUACAACAAGCACAACGUACACCUCGCUACAUAGACUAUUCAUUCGAGCGGGCGUUUUUGCCGUUCUUCAGUUUCUUGACUAGAACAUUGGAUAAGUUCGAGCAUUAGAUCUUCUAAGCGAAGACCUCCAAGAGUCCGCCUACAAAUCGCACAAUGUUUUGCUUCCAAAGUCCCUUCACGCGAUCGUCGCGUGGCGUCAUGUCCACCGCGCCGCUGUCGAAGAGCAAGUCCUCGCUGACCAAUGCGAUUCUAUCGCCCACCGGGAGAACGACGUCCAACGUGAACGAGAGCAACCGGCGCGGCUCCGAGGCGACCAGCGAGGGUUCCAACUCUUCCAUCAGGUACAUCGAUCAGGAGGCCUCGAUGUCUGGCGGUAGCAGCACGGACACGUUACCGGGUAUCCGUGCUGAUUACCUCGAGCCUGAACCCUUAUCGCCUGGAGCGGACGCUCUGACCUCGCCUAGCGGUAUAAUGGUCGUUCUGAACGGCAACGAUACCAAUGACCAACAGUUUAUGCUGCAGGAUGAGAGCCAUCAGACUGCGCGUUCUCUAUCGUCGCCGAAAAAGUUGAACAACAACGGCAGCAGCUGGCGCCGUAAGCUCAUGCUGCGUCUUCGUUCCAAUGAUUCGUCGAACUUGAACAACGGCGAGAUACGUUCCUCUUCGACGUCUCCCUCGCCCGCGAGCGAAUCGACAGCGGAGUCCUCGUCCUCGUCGAGGAAUCCUCGCGUAGACGAGGGGCAGCGAGGUCGUGGCAAUACCACGGUUGCGACGACCGUCUCGUCACCGUCGGUGCAGAUCGACGUGAUCGACGAGAGCCUUCAGGUGGCUGCCGCCUCCGUCAGCGAUAUACCGUCUCUGGAGAACGGCUUCAGCGAGCCCGAGGAUGAGAAUGACGACGAAGAGGAGGACGAAGAGGAGGCAGCCUCUCCGGAGACCGAGACCGAGGAGGGCUCGUCUUUACCGUCCAGCCCGGCAGCCGCGUCCACCGUCGGCUUGACUACUUCCGCGGCGCCUUAUUACGAGUUCCUGUCGGUGAACGGCGGUACCAUGCGACAAGAGACCACCAGCACUAGCUCGCCGCAGCUAUCGUCCGGCGCGAGUUUGCGUUCCAGCGUGGAGUCACCGCCCGCUGACACCUGCAGCUCCUACGGCGAGGACAGCAGCCCGGGCAUGGACUCGCUGAAGCCCGAGGGCCUGGACGCGUCCGGGUGCCUGCCAGCUGCAAGAUCUUGCCCGAAUCUGGAGCGGCAAAGCGCCGGUUGCUCGUCGGCCAGCGGCUCGUCGAGCGCGAGCCCGAGUCCGGGACCAGCCGGGCCUCGUUUCAAGCCUCUCGAGGAAGGCGACAUACAGGUGUGCUAUCUGAAUCACACCCGGACCCUCGUGAAGAAGAUCCUGUCCAGCAAGCUCCUCAGACGUUGGGAGACCCAUCAUCUCUAUCUCAAUGACGCUUGCUUAUCCUCCAAGACGCUCACGGGUUUCCUUCAGCAACCUAUCCCGUACAGCAGCAUGUCGGAGGUCCGGAAAUACGUUGUCGCCAGGUGGGAUCCCGCAUAUAAGAACUGCCUCAGCAUCGUCCUGCCUGACGGUUCGCUUCUUUUGCAAGCUAGCAACGCUUACACGAGGGACCAGUGGUAUCACUCGAUAUUAUGGAAGAAAAGUAUCUUCAAAUAUCAACAUCUCGUCUCGACGAGCUCUCGGGAAGAGGUGACAUUGCGCGAAUUGCGCACCAUGGUGGACUUUGCCCUGUGGACACCGCUCCAGGACGAGAGAGUGGCAGGCGCCCCGCUGGAGGCGGUCGCUAAAUUGUUGGACGAGCCCAGCAUGGAGCCUGACUUGGAUGGGAAAACAGAGGAGGCUGUUCACGAUCGCAGGAGCUGGGCGGAGGCCGUUCUCGCCGUGGUGGCUCCGCUUUUGGAAAAAGCGGCACCGCCGGCGGCGCUUGCGAGGGUACUCGCCAAACUGGCGCAACAACAUCCGCGAUCGCAACUGGUCCCGAUGCUCAGUCCGGCGAUCACGAGAUGUCUGAAGCAUACCGUUGACUUUGGCAAGUCGCCGGACAUGAGAAAGCUGUUACAGGUGUUCGUCGCCGCUUUGUACGAGAACAAUGACGGCGAGCAGGCGAUCAGGGAUUACAUCUCGUCGGUUCAUGGACCGGGUAGCGAUUGUCCACACCCGAGAGUGCUUCCCAAUCUCAUGUCCAUCUGCGUCGCGGCCAUAUUCCACAGGUUCGAAGUGUCGGGUCGCGCGUCAUCGAAUGAGGACAAGCCACCGUCGUUGCCGCCAUUGCACUGUUAUUUGCUCGUCUUGAAUAUCGCGUCGGAAUACGCUGACUGGCGUUCGGGACUUGGGGCGCUGCUGCAACCCGUCCCAUUCCCAGAAGAGGCUUUGGCCGUGAGAGAAGUUCAGGAGUCCGUACUGAUGUGCGUAAUGCAACGACUGGCGAAAGACCCGAGAUGCACAGUGCAUCGCGUCUUGCUGCCCGUCAGGGAACCGCGUCCAGGCUGGAUUCACAUCGCUGCACCAUCCAGCCCGGCUUGUCCAGAUCGUGGGGAAUUAUUCGGCGAGAUGCUGACGACUCUGCUGGCGUGCUGCUGUCGGCGGAAGAGAUUCAUCGCAUCCCUGCUGAAGCAAGCGGGCGAUGAUUGCAUUUUGCUGGCGGUGCGAGGCUGCGACGCCGCGCAGGAAGCGCUCUGCUUGAUGCUCGAGUGGCGCUUACUGCCGAACGAGGAGGCGAGACUUCAAAUAGUUAACGCGCUCGAGUCUACGGAAUCCGGAAAGGAGCGGUACGCCGCUCUCUGCCAGAGACAGAAGAAUCUCCAGGAGUUGCAACAAAAGGGCGGGCCCCGGAAAUUAACGCUCCCAGUUCGAGCGACCGACGCCGACGUUGCCCUUCUGUUAGGCGGUCGUGCUCUCGGUAAUCUCGAAUGCCUCAGUUUGGCCUUCACCUCUGUGACGUCCGCGUGCGCGGAACAAUUGAUAAAGUUACCGGCGCUGAGAUAUUUGAACCUGUGGGCUACACAAUUCGGCGACGCCGGCCUACAGAUGAUUAGCGAGCAUCUGCAGAAGCUGCAGGUGCUGAACCUCUGCGAGACGCCAGUGUCCGACAAAGGCAUCUCCACGUUGGCCUCAUUAACCAGCCUAAGGAAAUUGAAUCUUAAUAGUACGAAGCUGUCGGCUCAGACAUUUGAGUCGUUGAAGAAGCGACUACCGGCCCUGCAGGAAUUCGACGUUCGAUACACGGAGGCCUGGUGACCCUGGUUUGAAGUCACGACAUCCAGCACUUCGCCCAACGGCGGUAGUGUUCGUCGUGACUUGAGAACGAAGAAGCAACGCUGAGAUGUUUGGUCGUCCCGAAGAAAAUUCAACAGACGUCACGAGGUGACAUCCGUAUUCUCGGUGUAACCAAUUCAAGUAAAUAUCGAGCAUUGGGCGCUAUAAAUUCGUUUGUUUUGCUUCGAUUUUGCUAGUACGAGACGCUCGCUAUCAGCGUGAUCGUUGAAAACUAUGAACCUUUGUCAGUGAAGCUUUUCAGAGGAAAGGAAACAAAGUCUUCUACACUGUGCAGGAUCAGUGAAGAGGCUUUUACCGUAAUUUUAAGUAUAAUAUCUUACGUAUCUCGCUUCUUCUACUUUAAUCGGUCGAUGAUUUAUUCUUUCCAGAGGACGAUAAGUAUGCGCGAUGGAUCAACGGUUUCAAUAUUUCCGUGUGUCCAUUAAACGUAUUUUCCCAUGUCAACUGUAUUUAUUUACACGAGAUAUUAGAUCAAGAUUCUCUUCCGAAACUCGUGUCAGCUAGACGGCUUGAUUCCCGCGGCGAACAUUACUUUUAAAGUGUUCCUUCCGCAUUCGUCGUCGAAAUGGGAAACUGCACUUUUCAGGAAACAUUCCAGAAUCGCGAAUUCAGACGUCACUUUCCAGGAAAGACGUGCAUUCGUUUGAAUAAAUAAAUAUCGGCAAGCGCGACGAGCCGUCUCUCGGACAUUUGCAUAGAAUCCAUUCGAUAUACGGCAAGGUGGCACAUGUAACGAUCGCGUCGAAGAGUCGCGAUCGUUAAAGCCGGAAGACGCGAGUCAUUUGCCCGGAAAGCUGCCCAUCUGGGGAUGACGGAAAGGAGGAUUUGCAUAAACGCGAUGUACCGUGCAGCCUCAAUAUAACGCGCCUCAAUGAUGAUGAAAAAAAAAAACAAUCGUUGACGAUCGCGUGAUUUGAUCGUUGACGGUUUUUUACGCGGUUGCGAAGAUCGGUUUCGUCGAGCGUCAAUAAUUUUUGUUAAUAAUAACUCUAUCGCGACUCUUUCCUCCGUCUAUUUUUGAGAAAAAGCGAUUUCGUUUUUAUGCUGUUAGAAGCACAAUGCAAUCUUCCUCUUUUCAUCCAGACAUAAUUCCUUGUAUCUUUUACAUAUGCCUGUGUAUCAUUUCUUAACGAUAUUGCUUUUUAUCAUUCGCGCCGAUAAAGUUGAAAGUCGUUUCGAUCCGCCGCGUCACGAGAAGACACUUUGCUAAUAGAAGCGCGACGUCAGUGAAAAGAAAUAAAAUAUUUCCGGCGAGAGAAUAGCUUCGCGUAGAACGGAGACUCGUUCUCUGCCUGUAACUUGGCUUCUCAUGCAGAAAAAUUGUCGGACGCUUUGCCAAAUCAUCAUUGAAUAGAUGAUGUUGAUUACAAGAGUCUUGGCUAACCGGCGAAGAUUGGUGAUGAUGACUAUGAUUGCGACGAUCUCUCCGUGAUCUCCGACGCGAAACAAAGACUGUCCCCAAUCGUGUGUCAGCGUAUUGCUGGACUGCAGCCGCCAAUCGAUCCCUCUGCGCGAAGUGUCCUUUUCCGUCGGGGGACACUACCGACUUAUCCUUUUUUUUUUUUUUUUUUUCUUCAAGGCGUGCCCAACUGCCUUAAUCAGCGAGUUCUGAGCGACCACUGCCACAACGCGUUGCGUCAGCGAGCGUGACUUUACUCUAGCAAAAUGAAGGAACGAAGCUUCGGAGCGUCCCGUGUUCCGUCGCGAAGUCGGGAAGCCUCGCGUUCCACGCUUAAGAUCGGAGCACAGAUCUCUGCAAAACGCAUAAUGCAUUAAGCAUGAGAGAAUAAAUCAAUCAGAAUAUUUACAGUCUAUGAAAUGGAAGAUUGAUUGAUUCUCAUACGUUUUAUGCGUCACGCAAAGAUCUGUGCCGAAGGUCUUCAGACGAAGCUUCGAGAGCCGCGAGUGACUCGCAAACAUGCAUUUCGUUCCCUAGUGUAAAUAGAUAGGUAGACUGUUAAGGAUCGUCUCCCUCUCCCGUUUCUUCUUCGAUUAAUUAGAUAGAUUUUAAUAAUUUAUUCUUUAGCUAGAAUUUUCUCGUAUUUAUAUAUAUUACGAUAAUGUUACAUGUAUAUCGCACGAUCCAACUCGUACUAGCGUGAACACGCGUUUAGGGGGAUAGUCGAACCUCGAGUUUAGAGCGCCGGGGUAAGAGAGGAGAGAGAGAGGGGGAGGAGAGAGAGGGAGAGAGAGAGAGAGAGAGAGAGAGAGGAGGAGGAAGAGAGAAAGGGCGCCUCUCGAAAAGUGGCAGGAUUUGACCGUCACAAGAGUCGCGGCGACGACGAUUGACGGUUUCGCAAAAA